AUGGGCGGAGGCGGGCCACCAAUGGCCGGAGGCGGGCCACCAAUGGCCGGAGGCGGGCCACCAAUGGGCGGAGGCGGGCCACCAAUGGGCGGAGGCGGGCCGCCUAUGGGUGGAGGCGGACCGCCAAUGGGCGGAGGCGGGCCGCCGCAGCCUCUCGGCAUGGGCUUCAGGAAGGAGCCCCAGGUGGAGGGUCCCGAGGGCUGCAACCUCUUCAUCUACCACCUGCCGCCGCAGUGCAACGACACCGACCUCUCCAACAUGUUCUCGCCAUUCGGCAACGUCCUCUCGGCCAAGGUGUUCGUGGACCGCAACACGGGACAGUCGAAGUGCUUCGGCUUCGUCUCGUACGACAACCCAUCCGGUGCCGAGAUGGCCAUCCAGGGCAUGGACAACUUCCUGGUGGGCAACCGGCGGCUGCGAGUGCAGCUGAAACGUACCGGUAAGGACGCGGCCCCCAAGCCGAUGUAAGCUGGCGACCGGGGCCAGCGCCGCGGUUCUGCCAGGCCAGCCGACUGGUGAGUAACACGAGAAAUCGCAGGGUGUCCCCAAGCUCGCAGAGGCACGAGGCUAUGGCUUAGGGCCAGCGAUUGUAGGGUUUGCCGCCCUGGCCACCAGCUGCCCCUGUGCAGAUAAAUUAGGGAGAUCCGCUGCCAUUCUGAUGAUUCCCGCCACUUAAUGAAUUCAGGCGAGGACGCCUGCAUCCUUAUUUUCCAAUAGGGUUUUGUAAGUAGCAUACAUAUAUUAGAUAAGGACAUGCAAAUCUCACACCAAGACAUCGACAUCUACACGCCACAGUUUUGUUUAGAACAUUUUUAGUCAUUUAUACGUAAUCACGUAUAGUUUCCGGUUGCUGUCAAAAAACACACUUAGAUCACUCAGUACAGUGCACUGCUGGUUGCUUGUCUUAUUUUGUAUUUUGGCUGUUUCUUUGAUCGUAUCUGUAUGUUCGUGUCAUGCAGUCUGUCCUUCCUACAUAGUGACACAAGUCUUGUAAUGGGCACCAAGCUGUUUGUUCGGUACGCAGUGUCUGUCUGUCGAUUCCCAUGUAUCGUGGUGUUUCCAGAUGACAGACCAGUCUGUGGAGUUAUCCACCGUUGAGUUUCGCGCUGUGACGAUGCACGUGUGUCCCAUUGGAAACGGUGGUCCCUCGACAUCGUUUCUGUGCCCGAUUGAAGGCGUGGACUGCGGUGCCUCACUGGUUGGUCGUGCUGGUAACGAGCGCAGGGUGUGCUCAUGGGUGAAUUACUCUGUGCAUCAUUCUUAGGGAACUUCUGCCGGCCUGCGUCCACCCGGUGCCGUCAGUGUGUCGGUCACAUCUGUUGAUGUGACCUCUGUCACAUCUGCUGCUGACCGGAUGUGGCGGUAACGUUUACCGAGCGUUGAGCUGUCCCCCUUUGGUUCCGGUGCCCCUACCGCCUUUGUCUCGAUGCUUCUGUCUAUUGGAUACUGUAUGUUAUACAGAACCAGUGAUGAGGUCCCUGCCUGCCCAAGUACCCCAACGUUCUGUGCCCGACUGUGGUCUCUGUAGACAUUCGUGCUACGCCGAAAAGAGCGUUGACAUGUGUACUGUGUAUUGUGUAAGAUGCUAGACGUAAGACGCGCUUUUGGUGCGCGGGUCGUGUUGGUGGAAUAAAAAUGUUCGGCUGGUGUGUG